AUCAUUCUGUCUUUUCAGCUCUGCUCGAGAGUUGAAUCAGCAAUGAGUUUCGGAAAGCUAUACACAUACAAGGGAAGUCCCCGCGCCCUGGGUAUCCUGGCGGUCGCAAAGUCGAUAGGGCUCGAUCUGGAGGAAUCCGAACUGCAGCCGGUGAAUGGCGUGCCUGAUUUCUAUUGGAAGCUGAAUCCGCUGGGCAAAACACCGACGUUUGAGGGGACGGAUGGAGUUGUUUUGACGGAGUGCAUGGCCAUCGCGCUGUACAUCACCAACCAAGACCCCGACACAACCCUCAUGGGCAGCACCUCGCUCGACUUCAUCAACAUCAUCCGCUGGAUAUCCCUCACCAACACCGAUGUCGUGAUGCGCAUCGCAGCCUGGGUGCGUCCCCUGAUCGGCUACGUCCCCUACUGCAAAGAAGGAGUCGACAAAGCGCAACACGACACGGCGAAAGUGAUCCAAAUCUUCGAAGACCACCUCCGAGACCGCAAGUACCUCGUCAGCGACCGUUUGACCCUGGCGGAUAUCAUGUGCGCGAGUCUGCUCACGCUGGGCUUUGCCAAGGUGUUUGACCGCGCGUGGAGGGAGGAUUUCCCGUACUUUACGGGGUGGUAUAUGAUGGUGACACAUUUGCCUAUCUUUCGGGCGGUGCUGCCAGAGGUGCCGUUUGUCGCGGUGGGAUUGCCGAAUGCGCCGCCCACGGAGCCGUUUAAAGCGCCUUGAUUUGGGAGUUUAUUUAUUUAUUUAUUUAUUUUUUUUUUGGUUCUGGUUGAUGUUUCUAUGUGGAUUGCAUUGUAUUUGUUUCAUGGUUCUGUUUAAUUUAUAGUAUGUCAGUGUUGAAGUUUGUCUGAGCAAUAGAGAUUCCAG